AUGGCGUCGAAUGGCAUGAUGGUGCCGGAGGAGUUGACAUGCCCUAUCUCGAAGAAGCUGAUGAAAGAUCCUGUCAUUGUUCCGUCUACUGGAGUGACAUAUGACCGUCAUUCCAUUCAGAAGUGGACUGACGAUGGAAAUGCUACAUGUCCGCAAACUGGGAGGAGGAUACCGUCAUUGGCUAUGCUAAUCCGAAACAAUGUGCUCAAAGAUAUGAUUUCUGGCUGGUCUGAAAAUCCUCCACUCAACAAUGAGUUCCAAAAGCCUGAUUUCGAGUCCACAAUGGAUAUAAACUUAACAGCGGAGACAUUCCAAGGUCAGAGAGAACUUUUCGAGAGAUGGCGCCUCUUGACAAAGGAGAAUCAUGCAUUUCGGAAGCAUUUUGUUGAAUCAGCUGCAGUUCAUGUGUCGACACUAUACAAUGGCAUCUGUUUAGCUAUUGCUGCCUCUAGAAGAGGCAUCUUUAUGGAUGAUCUUCAAGAGAGUCUCAUUGCCACUCUUACAAACAUGGCCGUUCACAGUGACGAUGUCAAGGUGUUGGUUGCAAACAAGGGUCAUCGGAUAGAAAUUAUUGCUGAAGCAAUGGAUGUUCGGGGCAAUAUUAAGUUUCGGACAAUAGGUGCUAGUGCCAUUAAGACACUGUCCACUCUCGACUUAUUCAAGAAACAGGUUCCUGGACAACACAAGUGUUAUUCUGGGUCCCUACUACUACUAGGCGUUAUGGAGUACCUCAAAGGCAUGUUGGAGGUACAGGAUGUUUUGGCAGUUGAAGAGGCGGCCGGUGCGAUAAUCAACCUGUGUUCCGUCCCACGUAACAUAGGGCUUGCUCGUGAAUGUGGUAUAAUUGGAACUGUCAUGGAUAAUAUUAAGUACAAUUUGUUUGUGAGAGAAAUGGUACAAGUUGUUGCAAUGUGUUCGACUGACAAGACUGUGAUUGAGGAGAUAGUUAGGUGUGAAGCAAUCAGCACUUUGUUCAAAAUCAUAAAGGGUGACUGUAGUCCGCAUAACGCAGAGAAUUGCGUGACCAUCAUGUACGAGAUCGUCACUCGUACCGCGUCCACGACUAACCAAAUCAGAUCUCAAGAAAGGACUCAUCGUCUGUUGGCUACCCUUGUCAAGGAAGGCACUCCAAUUGCCCAAACCAAGGCUCGGGACAUCCUAGCGAAGAUAUUCCCUAAGAGCAUGAGAGAGAGAAAGCUGAAGAAUGAUUAA